AUCAUUCAAUCAUUCUCUGUGUCUAUCUCGCUGCAGCCAGUCGGGAGCAGCGUCGGUUCGCGUUUGUGUGCUAUCUUUCUCUGUUGUGCAAAUGGCACAGCCCGAGGAGUGAAAUAAGCAGCAAACUAUUUUUUUAACAUGGUGGUGCAGUUCCGUACAGUCAUUUUCAUUGUUAGAUAGAAGUACGGCCAAACUAAAAUAGUGAAACGUUUAGUUUUGUAUUUUCGUUGCCGGGAUUUGUCGGUUGAAAUUAGCAAAAGUGCCAGUUUAUACGCAGCCAAUUGGAAUCCUUUUCUUAUCGGAAACAUGAUUUUUUUUUUCAACCUAGCUGGCGAUUGUCAAACUGAGAACAGAUUAGUGUAGAACUAGAAAAAACCAAAGUUUUCCUUUUUUAAUUUGCUUAGGUAAACUAAGCACUAGAGUUAUUCUGUAAACUACUAAGAUAGUUUUCGAAGCAAGUGAAAAUUGUAUUUUUUCUGAGUGAAACACCAGUGUAACAAUGGACGGUGAUUCGGAAAAGCAGCCGCUUCUCAAGCAAUCAUCCCAGUCAGGCCAACCAGAUUCCGGUUCGGAGCAAGCAAUCGUCACGGCAUCUUCGAUCGGGCCGGAUGAGGUUCCACCUCCGUACCAGCAGGAGCAGCAAAAUAGUGUUAUCGUGACUUGCCGCGUGUGCCAGGCAUUGAUAGACAUCUCUUGGAAGAAAGAACAGCACGUCGUCAAGUGCUCACAGUGUAACGAAGCUACGCCUAUUCGAAAUGCACCACCGGGUAAGAAGUAUGUCCGCUGUCCCUGCAACUGUCUGCUCAUUUGCAAGAGCUCUUCCCAGCGAGUGGCAUGCCCGAGGCCUAACUGCAAGCGCAUCAUAAACUUAGCUCCAAGCCCGGUGACGCCGCCACUGCUUUCAAUGCCAGGCAUGUGCCGUGUAACCUGCGGUCAUUGCCACGAUACGUUCUUGUUCGAUACGCUGAAGAAUAACCUAGCCAGAUGCCCCCACUGUCGCAAAGUUUCCUCGGUUGGGGCCGAAUUCUGUCGCAAACGGCGCAACUUGCUGUUCCUCGGUGGAUUGAUAUUUCUAGCUAUUGGAAUGGGUGUAACAUACGGAACCUUGUCUUAUGCUAGGGAGCAUAACGGAAUGUAUAUUGCCUACAUCAGCCUGUUUCUGAUCGCUCUGUUACUGUUCGUCAAGACGAUAUACUAUUGCACCUUGAAAGUGAGUAAUGUGGAGGGACCGAUUUAAGCGAACGGGGAAUCUUAUGCGACCCGGUAGGAGAAGGGAGCAGGUCUGCCUUGCGCUUGCCUUGGUUUUGUUUCAAAAAGUUACGUUUCUCCGUACGAAAGAUAACGCGAAAACGAUUCAAACUAAAUCUGAAACUAGAGAAUACACAAUCAGAAGAUCCCACACACACACAUAUAUACACACAUUCCUAAGGUAGCAAGGGGAGAGGUUUCGGUUCCAGUUGAGAACGAAGAAUCUUUUCAUCGGCUGAGUUGUAAAUUAUAUGAAAUGUGCACAACAACGUGAACAUCAACAUAUUACGAACGAAUACAGUGAGCAUAUUUGGAAACACUACAUUGAAUGAAAAAGAGGCAAUUCAGAAAUAUGGAUCAGAUUGGGUAAACUCAUAUAUACAAAUGUCUGAGUUACUGAUGAUUGUGUGUACUUUUAAUUUUUUACAAUUUGUAUUCACUCAAUCUAAAUUUAUAUGAUGUAUAAAAUAUUCAGAUAAGUGAUGAAAAUAUUUUUUUUGUGUUUAUAAGUCAUAUUAAAACUAAUCAUUGCAUAAGUAUAAUAAAUAUAUUGGCCGACGGAAUAAACCGUUGUAAUGAGCAUGUGAUAAGAUGAAAGGUUACAAGAAGGUAAAAAUUAUCAACUCAAAAUAGAACACAUUUGGAGUAGGCAGAGCAAACAAUAAACAUCAGACAGAGGUUAAACAUCUUACACUCUAUAUAUCAAAAAUACAAUUAUAAAUACCGGCUACAUUUAAAUGGUUAUUCCGAAAUAAAAUAUAAAGAAAUCAGUUACAAUUUACAUUGAACCGACUAAACGAUGAAUGAUCUAUAGGAAUACUACAUGUGGCAUUAUUUUAAUGUAGAACGAAUGCUAUGCUAUUACCCAACUAUCAUAGAUCUUCGGUCACAGCUUAUCCGUUUCUAGCGAUUCAUUGCUAUCAAUCCACUGAAACGAACUCUAUAAAUACAAAUCCGUCAUAUUAACUCUCAUAUGAAACUCGAACAAUUGCUACAUUUCAAUAAUAUUGGUUCACAUCAUCAAAUACUCUCCCCUUUGAAUUUGUUUCGCUGAAAAUGAUAUCAUAAGGUAUAGAUAUUACAAUAGCAUGCUUGGUAACAACAAAGUCAGCAAUCAGGAUGUUUAUAGCUCUUUGAUGUGGAAAUUU